AUGGCAUGCCAGCAGGGAUCUUACAAUAGGGUUGUGCUGUGUGCUGUGGAUCCCAGCAACCAUUCCAGGGAUGCGUUCGAGUGGUAUCUAAAAAAUAUAUGGAAAAACGAAGACAUGGUUAUUAUAGCCUACUGCCCUGAGACUCCUAACUUACCUUCCUUCUCCCUUAAAAAUGGCUUGGCUCCACCGGUUGAAAAGUGGAAGGAAAUUUUGGAUGAAACUAACAAAAGGACCAAAAUUUUGGAAGAAGAUUACGAAGCUACGUGUAUCGAGAAGAAGUUAAUCUACAUGAUCCGUGGCGAAUCGUACAAGAACCCUGGCGAAGGGAUAUGCCAGAUAGCGGAAGAAGAUAAAGCGGAUAUGAUCGUGAUGGGGACGAGAGGGAUGGGCGCUUUCAAGAGGUUCUUUCUCGGCAGCGUCAGUGAAUACGUCGUAAGGCACGCGAAAAUUCCUUGCGUUGUUGUUCCGGCUUGA